AUGCACAAAAAAGAUGUUAAGUCAAAUAAAUCAUUUGAUUUACAUCAAAACGUGCCUAAUAAACCAAAAGAAUCGUCUCAUUUGCGUUCACCUUCUAUAAAGACUCAACCUUCUUAUCAAGCUCAUAUUGCACCUGGAUAUUCAACAUUAGAUAUGUUUUUAUCUACUUUUAUCUUCAUUGCUGUACUAAAUAUAUUAGAUUGGGAGCAGUUUAAACGUUCAGCUAGUUUUCCCCGUAGAGCUUCAGCACCUUAUUUAUGUAUUACGCAAGAAGAACUUAAAAAACAUUGUAAUUUAGAUGAUGCUUGGAUUGUAUUAAAUGGCAAAGUUUAUGAUAUAACACCUUAUAUACCUUUUCACCCAGGAGGAAAUGAAAUUAUGAAAGGUGCAGGUAAAGAUGGGACAAAAUUAUUAAUGUCAAUUCAUCCUUGGGUAAAUUAUGAAUAUCUUCUUGAUGUAUGUUGGAUUGGAUUGUUUACAUAUAGAUGA